AUGGAGAGAGGCGAUAUAGGACCAGAAUCCCCUUCUGGCUUUGGUUUAUUGCUGCAGACUCUCGAGGGUCAUUCAGAUCUGGUUUGGUCAGUAGCCUUCUCGCCCGACGGCCGACGGCUGGCGUCGGGCUCUAGCGAUAAUACCGUGCGACUCUGGGACACAGCAACGGGCUACCUGCAGUAUAUCCUUGAAGGCCAUUCGGAUCUGGUUUCCUCGGUAGCCUUCUCGCACGACUGCCGGCUGUUGGUGUCUGGCUCCAGUGAUAAUACUCUGCGGCUCUGGGACCCAGCGACGGGCGGUCUGCAGCAGACUCUUAAGGGCCAUUCGGACUCGGUUUCCUCGGUAGCCUUCUCGCCCGACGGCCGGCUACUGGUGUCGGGGUCCGACGAUGCGACCCUGCGACUCUGGGACGCAGCAACGGGCGCGCCGCUACAGACUCGGAUCAAGUGA